AUGGCCAAAUCUUUUCCAGCAUUCUCACUUUUGUCCUUUAUCUUGAUACAUUUGGUGCUAUCUUCUGUUUCAGGCCCUGGACACUGGUGGCCACCACAUGGAGUUAUUAAGGUGAAAUGUCCUUAUGAGAAAGUAAACUUGAGUCGGUUUAAUAGAACCUUCCACCCCUGCCCUGGCUUAUAUCAACCCAUCUGUGGAACCAAUUUUAUAACCUAUGGUAAUCCCUGCAUCCUGUGUGUUGAGAGCUUAAAAUCUCAUGGAAGAAUCAGGUUUUACCAUGAUGGAAAAUGUUAGCUGAGUGGACUUGAAUGGGGAAGGUCCCUUCUUUUUUUUCCCCUCCAUGUCUCCAAUCUUCCUCUUUCGCUUUUUACAUCUAUUUUCAUUUGUUCUUGAUGACAAAGAGCUGUCACUACUGAGCUUGUAGUAGAUGGCUUCAAGGUUCCUUCCAUGGACCUCUCCUCUCACUGAUUCAUUGUCUUCCACAGUCUCCCUAAUAAAUAAACUUUUAUGAAAGUC